AUGAGCAAACUGUUCAACGAUUGCGAAUGGGAAGAUAAUUUACCAACAAUUGGAACGAACUUUCGAUUCUCUAAGAACUGGAAGGCCAAAAAGCAGAAAAAAGAUGAAUUUCGCUUAGAAACACAAAACAAAGAAAGCGAGAAAUCCCAUCUGGAGGAAAAUGAAAGCAAAAAACCUACCGGAUGGUCGGUAUUGUUAAAGAGUAACAAGCUGCAUGGUGAUAAGAGAAAAUCCGAACACACUAUAGCUGUAAAUGGCAGCGAAAUACCAAGCAAGAAACUUAAACCGAAUGAAACGGUAAAAACAAAUGGAACUACGAAACAGGAAGAUAAACUGUCAAGGAAAAGUUCGAAUGAUGUUAAUCAACGUGUAAAGUUUAACAGCAAAGAACAGAAAACCAUUUCUAAACAUGCAAAGGAUGAUGGUAGAACCUUAAGGGAUAAGCUAACUGAUCGUCUAAAAGGCUCGCGGUUCCGUUUCAUCAAUGAGCAGCUGUACAAAAUGCCGGGCGAAGAAGCGAAGAAGCUGUUCCAAGAAGACCCGGCCUCCUUUGACGCUUAUCACGAAGGAUAUCGUCAGCAGGUAGAGCAAUGGCCAAUGAAUCCGCUGAAUCGUAUGAUCAAAUGCAUCCUAAAGCUCCCAAAAAACAUGAUUAUAGCUGACUUCGGAUGUGGCGAAGCCAAACUGGCGGCAUCUGUACCAAACAAGGUAUAUUCGCUUGAUUUGGUAGCCAACAACAGCGGUGUGAUUGCGUGUGACAUGGCGAAAACUCCGCUCGAGAGCAAUUUCGUGAAUGUGGUAAUAUUUUGCCUUUCGCUCAUGGGCACUAACCUUGCGGAUUUUUUUCUGGAAGCAAACCGGGUUCUCAAAGUUGGAGGUGCCAUGAAAAUUGCGGAAGUUUCUUCGCGCUUUGACGACGUAAACGUGUUUAUCAGCAAUGUGAAGAAGUGUGGCUUUACGUUAGAAAACAAGGACCUGAAGCACAGCUUAUUCUACUUCUUUAAUUUCAAAAAGGAGCGCACCGUAUUGAAGGGUUCAACGAACAUCAAACAGUUUAGCUUGAAGCCAUGCUUGUACAAGAAACGAUAG